AUGGCUGCUCUGCCCGCCUGGAACCUGCUCAAAGGCAAGACCGCGGCCAUCACCGGUGGCACCACUGGAAUCGGUCGUGCGAUUGUUUUGGCAUACAUUACACAAGGAUGCAAUGUUGCCGUCAAUCACUUGGGCCUUCCCCAGGAUGAAGUGCAUCGCCAUAGUCUUCUCGAUAGCGUGCAGGCAAUCAAGAAACAGGGCAUCAAAGCGGGUGAUAUCCUGGAACUACCCGGCGACGUGACAAACCCUGGAACAGGCACCGACCUGGUCAAAGAGGCCGUGUUUCAAUGGGGCAAGCUGGACAUCUUUGUUGCCAAUGCGGGUGUGUUCAAGCAAGCCGAGUUCUUCAAGAUCGAGCCGUCUCUCCUCGACCACAGUGUCGAUGUCAACGUCAAAGGCUGCUUCUAUUCCUGUCAAGCCGCCGCUCGCCAGAUGGUGAAGCAAGGCCAUGGCGGUUCGAUUAUUGGCAUUUCUUCCGUCAGUGCCCUGCUAGGUGGUGGUUUCCAGACCCAUUACACCCCUACCAAGGCUGCUAUUCUCUCCAUGAUGCAAUCUAUGGCGAUUGCCCUGGGCAAAGAUCAAAUCCGAUGCAACGCAUUGAUGCCCGGCACCAUUGCCACCCAGCUGGCUGAUCAUGACAUGAAGAAUCCCACCAAGAAGGCCGCUCUCGAGGCGCGCAUUCCCCUUGGUCGCAUUGGUGACCCGCAGGAUAUGGCAGGCCCCGCAGUAUUUUUGGCUUGCGAGGAGAUGAGUCGCUAUGUGAAUGCGACGGGAUUAUUGGCUGAUGGUGGAAUGUUUAGUAAAUUACAGUAA